AUGGACUUGAGUCGCUUCUUCAAGCCCAAAACUGCCAACUCUCCAACUCAAACUUCUCAAAAACCAAGUGCAUUACCGAAGUCGAAUCAAGUAGUGAGCGCCACCAAGGGUGUGACCGAUGCAUUUUCUGGGGUUACCAAACAUGUCAGUAAUUCGUUUAAGAACUUGGGAGCUUUGAAUAUUCAAGCGGGCAUUGGUUAUGGAAUUGGUUUUGGUCAUGGUUUUGGACUUGGCCUGUCUAUGAGAUCAGGGGUAUGGAGUCAAAUUCAAUCUCGUAUAGCAGUAACAAUGACAAAUAUGAUGAUGAAGUUUGGACUCUUUCGCAGUUUACCCUUUAGUCAGGGUGCAUUGCCAGCAUCCUUAAAGAGUGCUCAAAGCAAAGUCACUACCGAUCAAAUUUCUGCUGAAAGCAUAAUGCAAUUGGCAACUAAAUCAGCAGAUCAAAUUUCUUCAGGAAGCGUGAUGCAGUUGGCAACUAAAUCAGCCAGCCACAUAUCUGAAGGUCUGGUAGGUUCUCAACCUACGAAGAUUGAUUUGGCUUUUCAAAAUAAAGCAUUAAAAAGUGGCCAAACUGAGAAGGUUAUUAGCAACUUACCGCAAAAUCCAUCAUUGAAGGGAGAAGGAGGACUUGAUGAAGCAGCUGGACGCUUGCAGCCGGAGGACAAAAUACUUCAGACGGUUUUGAAACAGCGGCUACUCAUUGAAGAACUUGUGGAGGAAAAUGAAAGGCUUCAGCAGAUACUACAAGUGAAGGAUCAGAAAACACCGUCGAGCAAACUUCAAGCAAGUUUUUCUUCAGGUACAAUUAAAAAGAGGGAUUUUAAUAUUAAAAUACUUGAUCUGAUAAUUAGAUUUGUUUGGUUUGUAGAUUCCAAUCCUCAGAAAUUGCCUCCAUCUGAAGUUCAGGAAAAGACUACCGGUGGUUCUAGGCCUCCCGGUGAUAAUGCUGACGCAAGAAGCAUUGCAGCACCCAUAAAAGAUGCUACCAUAACGAAGCUGCUUCCACGAACAAACGCGUUGCUUGGGCUUGAAGGAACAAGUGUAUCAGAUGAGGGUUCUCCGGUGGAGGGUGACGGCGAUGGCGCGGAUGAUGGUGAAGAAGGGGCACUGGCAGGAGCAGAGGGUGAAGGUGGCGGUGAUAUGGCAGUUGGCCCUGGGCUUGGGGCUGAGCUUGGACCUGGGUUUUGGGCUGAGCUUGGAGAAAGUUGUGGCGGUGAAACAGGGGAGGAGGAAGGUGGAGGAGUGGUGGGGGCCAUUUGGGGAGCAGGGGAAGGAGCUUGUGCUGUGGAUAUUGCGAGCAAAUACACGGAAAUGGUUAGCACGAGCAUGGCACGUGCGAGUGCCAUGGGAGAGAAAGAGGGUACAGAGAAUGGUAUGGUUCUGAAGAGGAACAGAGUGCAGAGCAAUUGA